AUGAAAGCUAAAAUUCUAAUUACACUAUGUUUCGCAUUAUUUUUCUGUGUUGAAGUAUAUGCGGAGGGUGAACAAGAAGUUAAAAGAGGACUGUUCCCUUUUAUGGCAUUUAUUUAUUAUCCUGAUGAGACAGUAGUAGACGCAACUGGAGCAAGAUUCCUUAGAGGCGCAGUGCUUAUAAGACCUGACUGGCUAGUCACUUCUGCUGUUGGCCCUAGUAUUCUUACGAAUGGUCCCAAAGGGUUUCCACGUAAAACGCUCUUAGCCAGAGUUGGUGCCAUCGCCAUUGAUGCUAAUUUUACUCUAAAUGAAGACGAAGAUGAGCAGGAGCGAGAGAUCAUACAAAUAGUACGUCCAUACAACCACAGCGCCACACAGUGGUGGCAUACUGACAUCUCUUUGAUGAAGGCGCUGUUACCGUUCAACAUGACGUCGGCUGUUUACUACACAACGCUGAACUUUAGAACUGAAUACAUAGAGAAAACCUGCACCAUACUAGUCUUCGCUAAGAAGUAUGGUAACUACACGGAAGAAAGAGCCCUAAUGCAAGUAACUGUUGAAAUGCUUCCAUCUUCGGUUCUGAACUGCGGUCACAAUUUUCUUAAAGAAACUAUGGCAUGUGCUGCUGACAGUGACGAAAAUAAGUACACUGUUUACGAUCCAAACUUCUGUAAGGGCAACAGUGGCGGGCCUCUGAUUUGUGAAGGUGAAGUUAUGGGGAUACAAACCUACAUAGAUAACGACUGCAAGCAACCUCAUUUGUAUCAGGUUUUGUCUGCUUGGGAAAAUUUCAUAACUUGUGGAACAGAGGAUAAAUGUGAAGAGGAACAGUGCUCUAAACUUUGUGAUGUAGCUAAUAAAGAUCCUCCCUCAGCUGCUAUUAGUAGUAAAUCGAUGGAUGAAGAAAUAACUACCACCCAAAACAGCAGUUCUGUUGUAGAAGUAGCAGCUUCCACGUUUGAUACAACUACUGAAAUUGAUGAUAAACCACCAACUCCUACAAUAAUUCAACAAUAUUCACUAACCACAGACCAAGUCACUUCAGAUCAAACUACUUUAGAGCCUGUUACCGUAGAACAAAUUAUUACAGAAUAUAUUACUGCAGAAUCAAUUUCUUCAUACCAGACGACAGAACAUACUACUGUAGAACAGAUUACACCCGAUCAAGUAAGUUCAGAUCUAAAUGCAGUAGAUCCACAAAGUUCUACAGAACAAUCACCCGUGUAUUUAGUGAGUGCAUCUGUAAAAGAUACGGAAUUAAAAACUUGGCCUAAAGAACGUAAAUCCGAGACGCAAGAGCCUGAAAAGGUGCUAAUACAAUUAUCUAAACACUAUGAACUCGGGUACACCUCGGUGGCCUGGAGGACUGUAGGCGACCGCGCCGUAAAGUGCGAAUAUCUUGACCAUCCUUCGAAGAUCAGAUGUGCAACAGGUCCACCUGUGACAAUUUAUCCUUCUUGA